CCGCCGGUGAAUGACGGGGAGGAGAGCCCUUUAACCCCUGGCCAUCUGGAACAAUCAGCGUGGAAUCGGAACUAAAACAAUGGCUGGAGGGCGUAUUCUUGACGGCGAUCUAUAAAAUGCUGUAUGUUUUGAUGUUGGUUGGCCUACCCGCGCCGCCUCCUCCUCAGUGCACUGCUUGAACAACGCGACAAUAAACGGUGUGCGUUUUCAGCUCCGUCGUCUCUGUUCAUUAUCUAUUCAUCCACGGCUCUGCCUCUGGCAGACCUGCACAGGACAUAGGGUUUUGUGUGGAAUUAUAAGUGCCAGUGUCAUCUGACUGAGAGAGAGAGAGAGAGAGAGAGAGAGAGAGAGAGAGAGAGAGAGAGAGAGAGAGAGAGAGAGAGAGAGAGAGAGAGAAUCCUUGGCAUACACACACGUCGGUGUCUCAAUGUGAAUUUGAGUGACAGGCUGGAUUCUUGUGGAGACGAACGGAACGGAUAAACCCAUUUUCAGCAUCUCACUCAUUUGCGCGGAGAGCGGCUGGUGCCUGCUCGUCUGGAUUGAGCAUUUGACAGCGUCUCUUUCUGCUGGAGCUUGGCUUAUCCACGCCGUCCCUGGUCGGGCAUGGAGGGAGCCGAGAUGAGCGCCUUUCGGAGGGGUAGUGGGGUGUUUCUGUUCGGGUUGUGUUGCGUACUAAUGGGACUGUGGAGGCUCGGGGCCGCCUGCCCCGCGUCCUGCUCCUGCAGCGGGACCAGGAUCGCCUGUGUGGAUCAGGAGCGGAGUAUCAUGGCUUUUCCCGUGUUGCAGUCGGAGCUGGAGAUGGACAACAUUACCGACAUAUAUAUUGCAAACCAAAGUAGCUUCUCGUCCAUCAAUGACAAAGACCUGCAUUAUUACCGGAACCUCACGAAUCUAACUGUGACUAACAGCCGGCUUACCUAUGUAUCUCGACUGGCCUUCCAGAACAACCUCAAGCUUCAGUAUCUGAAUUUGAAAGACAACAACCUGUCAUCUCUGUCUUGGAGGAUAUUUCGACAUUUAAACAUAUCAAAUCUGAUUCUUUCAGGGAACCCGCUGCACUGUUCCUGUGAGAACAUAUGGAUGAAGCUGUGGCUGGGAGAGGAGGCCGAUGCUCAGGACCUCCAAUGUACAGCGGAGGGUGGCGGAAGGAAGCCCCUGACCAGGCUCAAGCUCCCUCACUGCAUGGUUCCCAUGGCGACUCUGAGCCCGUCCAAGGUGAUGGUGCAGGAGGGUGCUGAUGUGGUGCUGACAUGCAACACCUCCGGAGAGCCCUCUCCUGAGCUCAUCUGGAAAAUGACCCCACUCAUCUCCUACUAUGAGAUUGAGACCUCGGGCCAAGUGUCUGAGCUUCAUCUCUAUAACCUCUCCUCCCUGGACAACAACUGUAAGAUCACCUGCAGUGCUGGGAACAUUGUGGGAGAGAAUGAGUCCACAGUCCUCCUCAACAUCCUCUUUCCCCCUAACAUCAGUAAGUUGAGUGAUGCCUACCAGGACCACCACUGGUGCAUCCCAUUCAGUAUGUCUGGGAACCCAAAGCCCGAGCUCCGCUGGCUGUUAGACGGGGAGCCGGUCAUUGAGGGACCCUACAUCAUGACCAUGAUCCAUGACUUCUCUGAGAGGGAGUACCACGGCUGCCUGCAGCUGGAUAGCCCCACACACAUCAACAACGGACCGUACACCCUGCUGGCCAGCAACAAGUACGGACAGGACCGCAAGACCGUCAAUGCCCACUUCAUGCACAACCCCUUCGAGGGAGGAACAGUGACAGAACCUCUUUACUAUGACCCAACUACAGACGACACACCUCUAGAUCCACCGGAAGACAGAGUUGCUGUGUACGUGGUCGUAGGGAUUGCAGCCGUAGCCUUCACGGGUUUCCUCUUGAUGCUGGUCAUCCUAAAAUUCGGGGGGAACUCAAAGUUUGGAAUCAAAGGUGCAUCGUCUGUGAUCAGCAACGAUGACGACUCAGCCUCUCCUCUCCACCACGUGUCCAACGGCAGUAACACUCCGUCCUCCUCUGAGAUGGGCCCAGACGCCGUCAUCAUUGGCAUGACCAAGAUCCCCGUCAUCGAGAACCCUCAGUACUUCCGCAGCAACAGCAUGCUCAAAUCAGACACCUUUGUCCAGCACAUCAAGAGGCACAAUAUAGUUCUGAAGAGGGAGUUGGGAGAAGGGGCAUUUGGCAAGGUUUUCCUGGCCGAGUGCUAUAACCUGUCUCCUGAGCUCGACAAGAUCCUGGUGGCUGUCAAGACCCUGAAAGAGGCCAGUGAGAAUGCGAGGAAGGACUUCCAUCGAGAGGCCGAGUUGCUGACCAACCUGCAGCACGAGCAUAUCGUCACCUUCUACGGUGUGUGUGUGGAGAGCGACCCCCUCAUCAUGGUGUUUGAGUACAUGAAGCACGGGGACCUCAACAAGUUCCUCAGGGCCCACGGUCCCGACUCUGUGAUGAUGGGUGACGGUCCGACAAACCGACCCGUGGAGCUGACCCAGUCCCAGAUGCUGCACAUCGCCCAGCAGAUCGCUGCAGGCAUGGUCUACCUGGCCUCCCAGCACUUUGUCCACCGAGACCUGGCCACACGUAACUGUCUGGUGGGAGAGAACCUGCUGGUGAAGAUCGGUGACUUCGGCAUGUCCCGGGACGUGUACAGCACGGACUACUACAGGGUAAGUGUGGGCGGUCACACCAUGCUGCCCAUCCGCUGGAUGCCUCCAGAGAGCAUCAUGUACAGGAAGUUCACCACAGAGAGUGACGUGUGGAGUCUGGGCGUGGUCCUCUGGGAGAUCUUCACCUACGGCAAACAGCCCUGGUACCAGCUCUCCAACAACGAGGUGAUUGAGUGCAUUACACAGGGGCGUGUCCUGCAGCGGCCUCGCACCUGUCCCAAAGAGGUGUACGACCUGAUGCUGGGGUGCUGGCAGAGAGAGCCCCACAUGAGACACCACAUCAAGGAGAUCCACAGCCUACUGCUAAACCUAGCCAAAGCCUCUCCUGUCUACCUGGACAUCCUGGGCUGAGCGGGUGUGCGUGUGUGCGUAUGCGCACAUGCACGUGGCUGUACAAUACAAGAGAGAAUGAGUGUGUGCCUGUACGUGUGUGUCUAUUGAUGCACCUGUCCUUGAGUGUGUUUUAAGCUACGAUCAAACUCUUUAAGGCAAUCAGAAGAUUCCCCAACUGUUCCCUUGUGCCCUCCCCUCUCCUCUCGCUCUCUCUAUCUCUCUCUUACUUUCUGCCUACUUCUACUCUUUCAUGCAUCUCUUAACCUACCACCUUCUUCCUGCUCAAGAUACUUUAAGAAUGGUUUGCAGUGGGAAGGCUUCUCGCAUCGGCACAAAGGAUUUUAAACUGUGGCUAAGUAGUCUACAGUAAAUGGCUGAGGGCUCUAUUCGAGCAGGCAGUGGGGUUUUUUCCCAAUUCUGCAAGCGCCAUCCUUCUGUAAAUAAAACCCCUGAGGUCGAGAAGAGGUGCCUCCACUGCAGAUAGGCUGUUUCUUCUCUGUACAUAGAGGACCAGACAUCGGACCCCGCAAUGUCCUGCAAAGAGUUGUGAUUCGUUGCUCCGUGGAAGGAGAUAUGGAAGCAACCAGACUGUUAUUUUCCCCUCAUGUCAACAAGUCAUGACAUAACAAGAUAUAGUAUUUCCCCUCAUGCUGAUGAGCAGCAACAAAUGACAUGCUAUUGUAUAACUGAAGCAAUGAUGAAAGUAAACUUAAAAGGGAGAUUUGUGGCUGUUCACCAGUGGGUGCUCUUCAGCUGUCUGUCUGUUGUCAUUGUCUGUGACUAUGUACACGAAAGAGGGUUUUUGAUACAUUUUGGGGGAUGAAGAUGUUUUAAUUCCCAUGUCAAGUGCUGAUGUCAUGUAAUUUAUCGAUGUAUGUGUCCAACAUUCUCGGACAAUCCUGAGACAGAGUCUGUGUCAGAUCGCCCAUCAUGGUCAGUGGCGAGGAUCUCCGUUUAGGCGUGGUUGGGUCAACUGUGGUAGAAUCCUGGCACACACACAUAUCCCCCACCCCCUACUACUACACACACACACUCAAAAGGCUUCUGCAGGAAAUUGAAUUCUGCAUGUUUUAUUAUUUUAGCCCCACAGUGCUUUAGCGACGGAGCCCCAGCCCUCGUCAGUAAUGGUGUAAUGUAUAUUUCAUUAAGGAGCUAAUGUUGGCCAUUAGCACAGUCUCCCCCUCAGACAUUUAAGACGUAUUGUUUAAUGGGAGAGGGGGAAAGGAGAUGAGGAAGUGGAGGAGAGAAAGACGGUGAGAUAGAGAGGAGUGGAGAGAGAGAGAGAGAGAGAGAGAGAGAGAGAGAGAGAGAGAGAGGAGGCCUGAAUGUCUGCGGGGAAAUAGUGAGAUAACAUCCAUCAUAGUGCGGUCUUGUCGGUUUUCGAACCCACAGCUGUUUGCUUCACACACCUCGCAUUCCUGUGGUGGGUUCCUCAACCACACACACAGACACAGACACACACACACACCACCCACAAAACCUUCUCUUACACAUUCAAGGUCAACUGUAGGCUCACCUAGACUUUCAAGAUCAAACGCCUGCAUUAUCAUAGACACACAAUAAACAGACUUACUGAGAUGUAAUAACGUCAUACAAGGCUGUUUGAGUAUCAUGAUAUUGUCAUAUGCUUCUGUAACUGAUUGCAUGUGACUGGUUUGGUCAUAUCCUCAGUACUUGAUGGUAUUGAUAUUUGUGUUCUUAAUUAUUAUUUUAUUAAAAAAUUAUACAUUUUUUACGAGACAACGUUUCUGAGGUCUAAGUCAAUUAUGUGGUCUGAAUCGGGGCCUGACUCCAAUUUAAAGUGAUCUAAUUGAUUAUGCUGACAGUAUUAUGUGCGUGUGCCUCCGAAAGAGUGCAAUACUUGGGCCCACAUUGGGCUGUGGUCAAAAGUAGUGCACUAUACAGGGAAUAGGGUGUCAUUGCAGACGUAGACUGUGUGUGUCUGUUUGGGUCCUUGCACAUGCUCUUUGUUGCAUUUUCCUGCCUGCCUCUUGAAACAAACAUUAGAUCCAAUAAUGUACCAUCCGUUCCACAAAGAGAAUGAAUGUCUUUCUGUGCGAGAGCAAGUAGAAAAUGCUUCACAGGUAUUCAAUAUUGUUUACACAAUAACGCUGUGCAAUACAAAGCAACAUUGUGUGCAACAACCUUCAGUGCGAGAGUAGUUGGCAGUGAAAUAACUGCUCAUGUGAGAAAGAGCACUAUGUGUCCAUUGGAACUAAGAAACCACUCUUAAAGCGCUUAUAGCCUACAUGAAUUGGCUAAAGUGGGACAUGGCAGUGGUGGCGAGUAAGUGAAUUGUCUGUCAGAGGACUGCACUGGAAGACGUUUCUAUGUGGCUCUUUUCCAUCACCAUGGACCCAGUCUGAGUUUACUCUACAUCCUGGUCAAGCUACUGUGACUAAUUAUGGAGCCUUCCCAGAAUCCUAUCUGUUGGAGGUUCAACAUUUCCGCCUACCGCUCGGCUCUAGGCAAUGGGCGGCACCAAUCGCAGUGCUAUCGUUAUCUUUGCUAAAGACAAAUGGACACCUCAAAAAGGACUGACAAUCACAACCCUUAACAAGUGACCUGCUGUGUAGUUACGAACCUCUCCUCUCUCGAUGUAUCUUCACUUUCUUUCUUUCUCGUUCUCUCCCAGCUGUUACACUGUCCAACUGUGGCAUCCCUGAUGGGUCAGGGAGAGGCGUGUGUAUACGACCCAUGUGGCUCUGAUGGCUUUAGUCUCAGUGCUGUGACUGGAGUUUCUCAGAACGUGUGUAAUACUAAUGUGACCAGCUUCUCUCGAUGAACGGACCAGUCUGUUGUGACACGGUAUCAUUAAUAAAAGUGUUAUGUCUU